CCCAACCGGAAGUGGUUGUUCUUCGUGUGAAAAAUGGCAGCGUUCAGUUGGUCAGCAUUUAUCUUUGUAUAUUUAAUUAAUUUCGUGCAGGUUCUAGGAGAAUGGAACACAGAAGAUUACCUGAAGCGAGAACACACCCUUGUGAAACCGUAUCAAGGAUCUGGUGCUUCAAUGCCAUUAUGGGAUUUUGUUGGUAGUACAUUGGUAACUAAUAGUUACGUUAGACUUACAUCAGAUCACCAGAGUAGACAGGGAGGAAUAUGGAAUACACAGCCAUGUCACAUGAAAAAUUGGGAAAUACAUGUACAGUUCAAAGUUCAUGGUUCAGGCAAAAACUUAUUUGGGGAUGGAUUUGCAAUAUGGUAUACAAGAGACAGAAACCAGCUAGGCCCAGUAUUUGGAAAUAGGGAUUUUUACACUGGAUUGGCUAUUUACCUUGAUACAUAUGCAAAUCAAAAUGGACCACAUAAUCAUGAACAUCCCUACAUAUCAGCAAUGGUUAACAAUGGAACGUUACAUUAUGACCAUGACAGAGACGGAACACAUACAAUGGUCUCAGGAUGUGAAGCUAAAUUUAGAAAUAAAGAUUACGAUACAUUUAUUGCGAUCAGAUACCAAGAUAAUGAACUUAAGGUUUCAUUAGACGUUGAUGGUAAAAAUGCUUGGAAAGAAUGUUUUUCUGUUCAUGGUGUUAAGUUACCAUUGGGUUACUUCUUUGGUGCCACAGCAGCAACAGGUGAACUAGCAGAUAAUCAUGACAUUAUAUCAAUGAAGGUUUACCAGCUAGAUACAAAUGCACCAGCUAAAUAUGAACCAGCUGCAUAUUCAGGGUUACCUUCUGCAGAUAACAUGGAGGCUCCUAGAGAGCAUAUAUCAGAUGAAAAAAGAGGAGCUGGUUUAUCAGGAUGGAAACUAUUAGCAGUGAUCAUUUUAGCAAUCAUUGGAUUAGGUGUUUGUGCCAUAGUAGGAUUUAUCAUAUUUAAUAAAAAUCAAGAUUAUUCAAGAAAACGAUUUUACUGAUAUCAUUGUACUUCUCAAGCUGUCAAUAAUCAGACAUUGUAAAUUAUUUACAACUUUCCUCAGGGCUAUUCCAUUAAGUUUAUUUACUUCUAAAAAAUCGUAAUUUUAGAAAUUUAUUUUCCAAAUUUGGCAUAAACAUAUAUAUGUUGACAUAUUUUCUCAAAUUUGUCAUGUUUUACAUACAUAAAUACAUAUGAAACAUUUCUCACUUUUGGAAUAGUCCUGAUCAACUCACCAUCAUUUGUUUUAAGAUUCAUCUGAAUGUUUUUAUAGUUGGAUUCAGUGUUAUCAUUGUGGAUUUUAACUAUAUAUUACCACAAGAUUUUGUAAUUGUGAAAAAAUGCAAGUCAUAAUAUUUUGGUUUUCAUUAAAAUUUGGAAAACCAUAACAUUUUUUAAAUCCAGUUCAAAUUAAUAUAAGAAAAAUAACCAAACUUAAGGUGGGAAAUACGUUCAUUGAUUAAUUCUUCAAGUUGUGAAAUAGGUCAUGAUAAGGUUGAUAAAUAUAUAAUUGAAAUUGUACAUAAGGUAGAAAUUAUUAAAAAUACUUGGGUAGCAGAAUAUGGAUAAAAAAAAGGGGCAAUUUAUGGUAACUUCCCUUAAACUAUUCAAAAGAUCUAAUUUAGUGCAGGGGGGGGGGGGGGGUACUUUAGUUAAAUCAAAUGUUUGUUUAAUAUUGUGGCAAUGCACUAAUAAUGUUGUAUUUUAAAAUAUCAUUCAUAGAGCUUCUGAGUAACUUCUCAAUUCAAUAAAAUAGCUUUUAGCAGAUAUAUUAUAUACCUUACUUUCACAUAGGACUACAUGUUUUUUAACCUAAUUUGUUUUAUUUGUAUGAAGGAAAAAUAAAAAAAAUAAUGGUUAUUUUUUGCUGGAGUUGGGUGACAUUUCAAUUCUACAAAACCAGACUUGAUAUACUGUAAAUUUAAUUACUUUUUGUUGGUACCAAUUUUUGGGAUAAUUGAAAACUAACAUGUUCAUGGAUAUUUUGAUUUCAUUGUUUUGCCAAAGUCUGGAUACAAGCCUGUUGAAAGUUUGUUAUUCAUUGAGUUUAAUUUAGUUGUUCACCUGUAUUCACAAAAUCAACAACAAUUGGUAACCAAUAAAUAAAAAUGAAUCCACUGUGGUCAGUUACUGUGAAUUCAUUAAUAUUCGUUGGAUACCAAUUUUCGUGGCUUUCAUGGAUACAGGGGAACCACGAAUUUCAGUACUCAACAAAUUACAAAUUUUCUAAAGGAAUGUAUGUAUACUUUGCCAAAACCACGAAAUUAAAUAUCGACGAAUAUGCAAGUUUUCCUCAAACCACAAAAAAUUGGUACCCACGAAAAUAAAUGAAUCCACAGUAUGGUAUUACAAAUGUUUAUAUAGUUAAUAUAUUGUGACUUUCUUAUAUGGAUGCCUAUCUUGUAUAAAGUCUUAUGUUUUUUAAUUACUUUCAAUUGCCUUCAAAUUCUAAAUUGUAUGUUUUAUCUAGUGCUAUAAUAUCAGAAAAUUGUUCAAUACGAAUGUUUGGUGCUGGAUGAUUGUCAUCUAUGUUUACAAUAUUAAAAAAUGUUUGUUACUGUAUAAUUAUGUCCUAACUAUAUAAAUAAGUGUUAAUAGUUCUAAAAGUCAUUGUAACUUUAGUCUUGUAACGGUAGGUUUUUAUACGACUUCAAAAUUUUCGUCGUAUAUUGCUAUCACGUUGGCGUCGUCGUCGUCGUCGUCGUCCGAAUACUUUUAGUUUUCGCACUCUAACUUUAGUAAAAGUGAAUAGAAAUCUAUGAAAUUUUAACACAAGGUUUAUGACCAUAAAAGGAAGGCUGGUAUUGAUUUUGGGAGUUUUGGUCCCAACAUUUUAGGAAUUAGGGGCCAAAAAGGGCCCAAAUAAGCAUUUUCUUGGUUUUCGCACUAUAACUUUAGUUUAAGUUAAUAGAAAUCUAUGAAAUUUUGACACAAGGUUUAUGACCACAAAAGAAAGGUUGGGAUUGAUUUUGGGAGUUUUGGUUUCAACAGUUUAGGAAUUAGGGGCCAAAAAAGGGCCCAAAUAAGCAUUAUUCUUGGUUUUCGCACAAUAACUUUAGUUAAAGUGAAUAGAAAUCAAUGAAAUUUAAACACAAUGUUUAUGACCACAAAAGGAAGGUUGGUAUUGAUUUUGGGAGUUUCGGUCCCAACAGUUUAGGAAUUAGGGGCCAAAAAGAGACCCAAAUAAGCAUUUGUCUUGGUUUUCGCACCAUAGCGUUAGUAUAAGUAAAUAGAAAUCUAUGAAAUUUAAACAUAAGGGUUAUGACUAUAAAAGGAAGGUUGGUAUUGAUUUUGGGAGUUUUGGUCCCAACAGUUAAGGAAAAAGGGGCCCAAAAGGUCCAAAAUUAAACUUUGUUUGAUUUCAUCAAAAUUGAAUAAUUGGGGUUCUUUAAUAUGCCGAAUCUAACUGUGUAUGUAGAUUCUUAUUUUUUGGUCCCGUUUUCAAAUUGGUCUACAUUAAGGUCCAAAGGGUCCAAAAUUAAACUUAGUUUGAUUUUAACAAAAAUUGAAACCUUGGGGUUCUUUGAUAUGCUGAAUCUAAAAAUGUACUUAGAUUUUUGAUUAUUGGCCCAGUUUUCAAGUUGGCCCAAAUCGAGGUCCAAAAUUAAACAUUGUUUGAUUUCAUCAAAAAUUGAAUAAUUGGGGUUCUUUGAUAUGCCAAAUCUAACUGUGUAUGUAGAUUCUUAAUUUUUGGCCCAGUUUUAAAAUUGGUCUAAAUUAAAGUGCAAAGGGUCCAAAAUUAAACUAAGUUUGAUUUUAACAAAAAUUAAAUUCUUGGGCCUCUUUGAUAUGCUGAAUCUAAACAUGUACUUAGAUUUUUGAUUAUGGGCCCAGUUUUCAAGUUGGUCCAAAUCAGGAUCUAAAAUUAUUAUAUUAAGUAUUGUGCAAUAGCAAGUCUUUUCAAUUGCACAGUAUUGUGCAAUGGCAAGAAAUAUCUAAAUUCACAAUAUUGUGAAAUAGCAAAUUUUUUUUCAAUUAAGAGUUAUCUUUCUUUGUCCAGUAUAGUAAGCAAGAAAUAUCUGCAAGAAUUUUUUUUAAUUGGAGUUAUCUUUCUUUGUCCAGAAUCAACUUAAAUCUUUGUUAUAUACAAUAUACAAUGUAUAUUCAUUUUUUACUACCAACUGAUAAAUUUAAACAUCUUUACCAUUCAGUGAUAACAAGCAGUUUUUUUACAUCUUAAUAUUUUAUGAUGUAUUUAAAUGAGUAGUAAUUGUUGCAAACUCCAUUAGAAUAUUUUAAUUGAAAUUAGUUUUGGAAUAAGGGAAAGGGGGAUCUGAAUAAAAAAUUGGGUUCAAUUUUUCUCAUUUGAAAUUUCAUAAAUAAAAAGAAAAUUUCUUCAAACAUUUUUUUGAGAGGAUUAAUAUUCAACAGCAUAGUGAAUUGCUCUAAGAGAAAACAAAAAUUUUAAGUUCAUUUGAAUACAUUCAUUCUGUGUCAGAAACCUAUGCUGUGUCAACUAUUUAAUCACAAUCCAAAUUUAGAGCGGAAUCCAGCUUGAAUGUUGUGUCCAUACUUGCCCCAACCGUUCAGGGUUCAACCUCUGCGGUCGUAUAAAGCUUCGCCCUGCGGAGCAUCUGGUUUACAUUUGGUAAAAUUAAGAAUGGAAAUAACUGGUAGGAAAUAUAUACUGAUUUGAUAGAAGCUGCAGUUGGUUUAAUAUUUUUAUUUGGAGGUUUACAUAUUUUUUAUUUGGAAGAUUUGGAUUGGUUGGUUGGUCGUUCAAUAAAAAAUAAAAAAAAGUAUCUUAAAUGACAUAGAUAUAUAUAUAAUUUCAGUGUACUCAAGCUUAAUUACCAUAGUUGUGCCCAUACCUUUUGACUUUAUUACUUAAUUUUUAGUUAAACAAUGCAUGAAAAAAAGGUACACAUAGCUUUUAAUGUAUAUGCACAUGAACAUCAAACAGAAAAGCAUGAGUAAAAAAUUUGAAAUACGCUGCACUAAAACAACCCUUCCACCUGUGAAGCGGAAUUGUGUUGUGUAUAAACAGGAGUAAUGUAGUGAAGGGGUAUUAAGUUUUAUCCUUAUCUGUUGGUACAUGCUUCAGUACGCCCCAAGAUAAGUUUCUGUUUAUAUUUUAGAGAUAAUGAAUUAAAUGUUGGCAAUAAUAACAAAAUCAUCAAAUUUAAAGAAAAAAUCUUUUCUUAAAGUUAGGUAGUUGGGUCAGAUGAUCUGUAAACCAUGAAAUUAUAAAAGCCUUGCCUAAAUUAGAAAUAGAAUUCAAAGGUAAUGGGGACAACCAUUAACUUAAAACCUUGUUUUUAUAAUCUUAUGUUGUUCAUUGUGGUUUUAUAUUUAAUGGUUGGAUUACAUGAUUUUAAUAUUGGUGUUUUUGACUCCCUUACCUCCAGUUAUGUGUUGUUAGGUUAUUUGUAUCACUGGGUUGCUGUCGUAUUGAAAUAUAUGACGCAUGUUGUUUGAUUUAUAGUUUUGUUGUGAAGAAGCCUAAUUUGCAAUCUUUGUACUAUUUUUAAAAUGCAAGUUAUAAAUUUUUCAUUAGUGUAUGGCUACUCACCUAAUUUGAAAAAUUUUAAAAGAUAUAACUUGCACUUUUUUCAUUGCUCAAAAUCUUCUAUUUCCUUAUUUAUUUUAAAGUGAAUUUCUAUUCGGAAGACAACUUAUAACCUUGCUGAUAUAUUUGAACUUAGCUUCUUAAAUAAAGGAAGACAAUUUUGAGACUACCAGAGUUGAGAUUGUAGAUAAGUAUAAACCUUACAAUUUAAAUUGUUAUACUGUGUUGCUGCUGUAUUAUAUAUUUUGCAAGUUAGAAACAGUCUUCACAAAGGUGAAGGAUAUCAGCAAUAUUCCAGAACUGGACAAAUGGACAAGUGUCCUGCCAUUGCAUGCAAUUUAAAUCUUCUGCCAAAUAUUUUUUUGCUUCUCAACAGAAAUAAUUUUAUGUUACAUAUGAACAGUUAUUUUUUUAUUACAUCUUAAGGACAACUGGUGCAAAAUUGAGGUCAAUCUCGGUAAAAAAAAAAGAAGACCCUGAACUCAAAAUUGAUGUAUACUAAAUACUUGUAUAAUUUGCCAUAUUUGUUUGUUUUCAUUGUUUUAAUCAUUGUAUUAUUAAGGAACUUGACUAAGUACGGUAUCUUUAAAAGAUUGCAUUGUGAAUACCAUAUACAAAUCUAAAGUUAGACAUGCAUAGUGACUGACAUAUGAGAGGUAUUAAUUUCUUGAGACUUAAGUGUAUAAUUGUUUAUUUUGUAUCAUUGAUAGCUGCUCAUUUUAUUGAAGAUGAUUUGAUUUUUUUAUUUAUCUGCUUGCAUGUGUCUGAUUUGUUUGCCAUUUGAAUGACUGUACACAUAUAUACACACACAAACACGCACACAUAUAUACAUAUUUUAAUAAAUUUUAAUUUGAUAAUGUUUAUUACUAACACAUUAUAUGACUGUAUCAUUAACCUUAUAAUAUAAAACAAUAUUAAAGGCUUGUAGAUGAAGGAAUAUCAGAUAGACAGAUGCACAACAUAUUCUAUGUUGAUGUUUUGGUGAAAUUAUUUUAUUGCAGUUAACUCUAAUCUCUAUUCAUUGACAUUAUUCUACAAGCUCUCACAGAAACACUAUUAUAACACAAAUAUGCCAAUUGAAUGAUUUAGACUCCUUGGAACAUUAUCCAUGUUUUUGUAUAUAAAAUUAGUUGACCUACAAAAAGAUUUUUUAAAAACCUCAUUUCGGAAAGGUUAUAAAACUGAAGUGUAGGAUUGUCAGUAAACACUUCAAUCAAAUCACAGCUUUUGAUUUUAAAUGUGAAUAGAAAGGAUGUGAUGGUAUGCAAUUUCUUGAGAGUACACUUUGCAGCUAUUUUAAUAAACAAUAUUGGACAUAUUAUGAAUGGACAUAGAUUUGUGUAAUUACAAGUGUAAACUAGAUUUUGCAUAGCAAUCAAUGCAUGAGAAAUUGAGAUGCAAGGCUGAGUGACAAAGAGAACAUAAGUGGAAUAUGUCUUGCUGCUUAAUAGAUUUGUUAAUGUUAAUGUAGAAAAUACAGUGAUGUGUUUUUGUAGUAUUACUUAAAUUUAGACAGAAUGGUAUAUGUUUAAGGGUUUGGGUAAUAUUGUUUUGAAAGUUAUAUAUAUGAUUGAUUUAUAAAGUGAUAUAAUGAAUUCCAUGCAGUUUAAUCAGUUAUUAAAUGAUUUGUAUAAGUAUU